UGCUACCAAGUUAGCUAGAAAACAAUAACAAACGGAACUAUAUAUCUAUUUAGAGGAAAAUGUCAUCUUAAAAAGACCCUUAUGUUGUAAAACUUUGUGAGUGAAUGUGAUUAUCUUAAAGCAAAUGGGAAAAAAUAACUCGAAGGGGUUGUUUGCUUUGAUAUUGAUGAAUGUAAUACAUUUUCGCGACAACUCUUUUUCAGAACAUACGCACCAUAAUGCAUAAAAACGAUUGCAGCUUAACGCCGACGAAUUUGUUAUUGAGCGUUGAACUAAAGCAAACAUUAAUGAGUUUGAAUUACUUUUACUUCUGAACAGGUCUUUUUCUUUGUACGAAUGGAAACUUCUUUAAAAAUGCAGCUCCUAUCAAUGAAACGAGGACAGUUAUUGUGUAUUGUCAUGAUUCCAUUUGUUUUCAUUUUGACAGUUGUAAUAUUGAACACCAAAUUGAUUCUUAGCUCAAACACAGAUGUCAAAAAUCAAAGGAGGAUGAGAUUAAUUGCUACUUAUGGCGAAAAAAUUAAUGCACCUAGAUUUACACCUGAAAAGCUUUGGAAAUCAAAGCCAAUCGAUUUAUUCUAUGAUGCUGAUGAAUUAUUCACGUUAGGAGCAGUGACUAAUGAGCAAGACCAAAAGAAGAAAGAGAAAGGCGAAAGUCUGUAUGCCUUCAACGAGUUCUUGAGCAGUCGUUUGAGCCUAAACAGACAAGUUCUAGACACCAGAAAUCCUCGUUGCGAGAAGGAAGAAUACCGGUCAGACCUGCCGAGGGCCAGUGUGGUCAUCUGUUUCUACAAUGAGGCUUGGUCAACGCUUCUCCGGACUGUCCACUCUGUUCUCAACAGGACUCCCGCCAGUCUCCUGCAUGAGAUUGUCCUGGUAGAUGAUGGCAGUGACUUAAGACUGACUCACCUCCAUUCACAAUUGGCAGAAUACCUCUGGCACCUUCACCCAAACAUCACUCUCGUACGAACACCAAAGAGGGAGGGGCUUAUAAGGGCCCGGAUAUAUGGAGCCCAUGUAGCUUCCGGCGAGGUGCUGGUAUUUCUAGACAGUCAUUGCGAGGUCAACGUCCAGUGGCUUGAGCCUCUACUGACCACAGUGGCUGCAUAUAAGAAACCCACCAUCGCUAUACCGGUCAUCGACAUGAUCAAUCCAGGAACAUUUGAGUACAAGCCAUCGCCGCUGGUCAAGGGUGGCUUCAACUGGGGAAUGAAUUUCAAAUGGGAGGAUCUGCCUCCGAGCUACUUUCAAUCAAAUGUUAGCAAAAUAGCUCCAAUUGAGACCGCAACAAUGGCUGGCGGGCUAUUUGCAGUAAGACGGCAAGAUUUUCGCAAUAUGGGCGAGUAUGACCCUCACCUUGAUACAUGGGGCGGAGAAAACCUGGAAAUCUCAUUUAGGUUCUGGCAGUGUGGGGGUCAGUUACAAAUAGUUCCUUGUUCUCGUGUUGGACACAUUUUCCGGCAACGUCGUCCGUACGGUUCUCCUAAUGGGGAGGAUUCCGCAUUGAGAAACGCUGUCCGGGUGGCAAAAGUUUGGAUGGAUGAUUACAUUCAAUAUUUCUACCAGACCCAGCCUGCAGCCCCUAGUGUCACUAACUAUGGUGACAUAAGUGACCGUGUUGCCCUUAGAGAGAGGCUCAAGUGUAAACCAUUCAGUUGGUACAUGAGAAAUAUCUACCCCGAACAGGGAUCAGUAAAUGAACACAGAAAGGAACCAGUCUAUGUGAAACAGGGACCAGUAAAACUCAAUAAAAUAUUGGGUUGCAUCAGCUAUAUGAGAAGUUAUGUUUGUAUUUUGUCCUUCCAGAUUGUUCAUGAAGCAUCAAGCCUGUGUAUUGUACCUGAGAAUGGGGAAGCAAAGAAGGAUGUCAGAGUGAUACUGGCUCCCUGCACAGGCAAGGCUGAUCAGGUCUGGCACGAGACGGAAGACCAAGAGCUGAUGCUCACAUCGCGAUUAUGUCUUGACGUGUCUGAUAAGGACACAAUACAGGGAAGGGCCAAGCUGGGCAAGUGCCAUGGAGAAAAGAGGAACCAGGCCUGGGUCUGGUCCAUUAAGAACAUGGUGUUCCAGCUAUACAACCCUACCAGUGGUAAAUGCCUGACCCCCUCAGGAUCUCCAGAAGGGGGUGGGGCUCAAUACCUUACCGUACAGAUCUGCUCAACAAACAAAAAGUCACAAUUCAAAAUGAAGGAGAGAUAACAGGGAGGGAGUCCGUUUUUAGUUAAACUGUGUGUCGGGGAGGCUGGGAAGAAUACUUCACAGACUUCCAGUGGUAAAACUAGCACAAGCCCGAAAGCCCUGCACUGGUUUUCAGCAUUGCUCAAAUUCUGAUUUAUAUAGCAGAGCUAGAAAGUGAUGCCAAGCACUAGUGUAAGAAUUUGGGCUUAACCAUCAACAGUAUAGUUUUGAUGACUGCUUAUUCGGAUUAAGAUUCAAUUUGACAAAAUGUGUUCAUCAUGUUAAAUCUAUCAUAGUACGUUAUAUAUCAUAAUUUCAUAAAUAUAUAUAUACCCAGGCAGACUGUGAUAAUUGUACCCGUUCAGUAAGCAUGAACUACUCAAGGGUUGUCUCUAUUUUCUCAGAAAUUCUCCCAUGUUAAAGUUUUAUGAUCUGAUUCGAUUUCCAUGGGCAGAGAGUACCAUGUAGUGCUAUGUGAAUGUCUUCCAAAUCUCUCUGUUUACAUACUGUUGCAUAUGUUUUACAGCGAUAGCAAAUAAAUUGAAGCGCUGUUAAAUAAAUUGCUAUGCAACUUUCCUCAAUUCAUGACUACACAGACAUUGUUGGUGCUCUUUGCUAACAUACUGUUGAAUAGAAGUUUGUAUUGCAGCGAUUGUAGCAAACAAUCUAAACAAUUUUAUUGGACUGUUUGAAAGCCAACUAGACUGUAAAAUGUCGGGUUUUGUUACAGAUAAUCCUCUGAACAAACUGUUUUCAAUAUGCAGUUCAUAUGGCCAUAGAGUGACAGAACAAUAUGCAAUUUACAUGUAAUCAUGUCAUGUAUAUGAUGCUAAAUGCAACGCACAUGUAAUCAUAUAUGUAUUUGCCAUUAGUUCAUUGUAAAUAUCAGUAUGCGAAUGGAAAUGUUGUUACAUGUAUUUGGUUUAACACAAUCUAUCGUUAUGGAAUUUUAUACAUAGUAAAUUGAAUCUUUGAUGGUUAAUGUUGCAUUUUUUUUAAUCUGGAACACAAAAGUUAUUGAUAGUCUGACAUUGUUGCUUUUACUGGAAAAUUUUGAAUCAAUUUUCAUUUCUUUGGAUAUCGAGUAUAUUUUCCAAAUGUUUUACAAUUUAUAUCACUGACUAGGGCUGUAUUAAAAUUACAUUGAUGUCUAUAUUUUUAUGCAUAUUAACAUUCCAUAAUACAUUACUUUUACCAUGGUGCAAAGCACAUCUUGGUUUUUUCAUGAUUCAUUAGCAUGUAUAUAAUAUUUGUUAUGGUAUAACAUUGAAUGUUCCAUAUAAAAUAUAUGCAGGGAAAUAAAACCUUUAAAAUA